GACAUGAGCACAACAAGCCCGCGGCCCGACACCCUAACCGACCCCAAAUUCGACACAAUCAACAACAGAUUCGGACAAUACGACAUAUUCGGGGCAAAUACGACCUAGAUGGUGGGGAGGCCCCAUUCGCUUUUCAGAAGUCGGUACAACAGCGUUGAAGAGGAAUUGGCGAAUACGCCGUACGCAUUCGCCAGUCGACAGUCGGUGCAACUAAACUCUGUGAAGUUGGAAUCGCCAUCAAGGGAUUUGGAAGACGAUAGGUUCUUUCGGUGCGAUGAUUCGUUUACAGUGACAAGACUUGAGUGAUGUGCAGGAUAGAUAUUUCGAUCUGUCUCGUGAUGUGUGUGGUGAUGGGGCGUUUCGGGUACUAGCUGAUCUGCGAGCUGCAAAACCGGCGUCUGCUUUACCACUUGUGCCAACAGCCAAGAGAAAGAGGGAGAAGUCGUUCGCGAUCCUCACGGAGACGCCCUCAGCCUCCCGUCCCUCCAGCCCGCGGUCACUGCCCGUGGACCUCCGGCAAGAGAGGGUCUCGCCCUUUAAAGGCAGGGGCUUCAGAGAAGAGACCUCACGGCACAACACUCCAAAAACCUCCACGUGCAACUCAAGAGCCAGCUCUCCACCACGUAGAAGAACUAACUCGCUCUCCAAAAUAGACAAGAUGGCGCAGGCCGCGACAUUACCCCUGCCAGUGCAGCUAACCAGACCCCACUCCCCCAGGAACUUCUUAAAACAGAACAUAGAAGAAGUAAGAGAACUCAGUGAGCUCAACAGAGAGAAGCACGAAGCAGAAGCAGAGAAGAAAAGGAUAGAAGAAGAAGAAGCUUUACUAGUAGAGAUGGGACUACUUGAUAAAAAGAGUUUGAGGUCCCGAUCUUCCUCUAGAAGUAACUCUCCAAGCAAGAUCAAAUUGCGGUCAAGAUCUAACUCCCCCGCAGCAAUACUUCAUUUCGAGAAUAUUCCAGCGAACAGCAAAGAAUUUAUCAACACUGACGAUGGUUUAGCAAAACCUGUAACACAUAGGUCUAGACUUAGAUCUGUGUCUAGAUCUCAGCCGCAAUCUAACGACGGAUCACCGAAACAUUCCAAAAUUCCCAAACGCCAAAACUCUGUUUCUCCUACAAGACGAGAUAGAUCGGUCUCCAGAAGGCCUUUAGAAAAUGGUUUAAAUAAGAACCAACGGUUUAUAUCUAAUAGCACAAGCAGUAUUCAUGAAACUAUUAGGGUAGGCAGUCAGGUGCAUGAUAAACGAGCUAUGAGCAAAAGCACGCAGCAUUUGAAUAUCUCCCCUGCCCAUAUAAAAGGCAAACCUCCAAUUUCCCCAGGCAGGGGAGGUCCACCGCCUUCGAACAAAACUAUCAAUGCGAAACGACUCUCACCCAUAGUUGGUACUCCCAACAAAAGUCCAGACGACUUAAAACCUAGCUCGGCUAAAACAUCAACCAAACCAUCACAUGUACAUAAAAAUCGGUAAAACCGCUGGUAACACGCCUGUUACAUCUAGAUUGAAUUCUAGACAGCCUAGCAGAGCAAUCAGCCGGGACCCCAGUCCAGACAAACGUACUAAGACACCUGCUUCUAAAACUAAUCAAACGAAACCUAUAAGCAGAACACCGCGAACUAAAUCACCUCCAAAGCCAGCUGCAACUACUAAACCUGAGCCUAAAAAGCCUAUGAAUCGAACAAACAGUGUAAAAAGCCUUACAAGAACACCUAGCACCAAAACUUUAAACGAAAAGCCUCCUAUCUUGAAAAAGACUAAUAGCAAACGAGACUUAGUAGAUAAAUCAAGUUCCUCAACCAAAAUAAAUGAAGUUGGAGCUAAGAAAGAUCAAAUUAAAGAUAUUAAGAAGAGAGGCUCAAUCAAAGACAAGGAUGGAGAUAAAAAUAAGAAUGAAAAAGGUUAAAACUACUACUACUGAAACAGAUGAAAUACAAAAACAGGAUAACGAAACACAGUAUGAUAAACAUACUAAUGAAAAAGGUGAACUAGUUAUAAUGACUAAAAAGAGUGUGGUUUCGAUGACAACAGCAGCUAUUACAUCACAACCUUUAGAAGUAGUUACUACUGUAACUAAUCAAUUACCAGCGGCUCUAGAGAAAGCUAGGGAGAAAGGAAUUUUUGAACGAUUGAGCUCCAAAGAUUCUCUUGUAGGCAAAGAAGAAGAUAAACCAAAGGAAUCAGUUAAAACCGAGCCGAAGGAAAUUAAAACAGAGACAAAAGAUCCGCAUCACGGAAAAGAUAAGGAAAAAGAAAAAAAUGGCGACAAACGACCUCCGCCGAAACCUGCGAAAAGUAAUCACGACCGACCAUUGUUUACUGAAGACCAUAUCAGAUUAAGACCAUUGCAACCUCCAUAUGACAACCCACAAGUAGAAAGAGUGAAACAAAAAAUAGAUGACAUUCUAAAAGAGCCCGAGAUUUCUCCAGAGAAUAUUCUUACUGCUUCAGCUAAAUCUAGGGAAGCCAAAAACACGUUUAAGAGUAUAGCUGAGAAGACGAAAACUGACAUAACAGAAGCUAAAGACGAAGUAUCAACUAAACUAACAGAUAUAAAAGAUCAAGUAGUCAAACAAAAUGAGAAAAUGGUUUCUGAAAUACGUUCCGAAGCGACAAAAAUUGUAGACAGCAUAAUAACACCAGUAGAAGAACCAACAGAAGUCCAAAAGGAAAAAGAACAGGAAAAGCCAAAGGAAAACGAAAAGGAGAAAGAGAAAGAAAAAGAAAAAGUGGAAAUAGAAAUAAAGAAUAUACAGCCUAUAGUAAUGGUUGUGAACGAGAAAAAAAAUAACGUUACUACUGAGAUUGUGGAAAAAGUAAACGAGACGUUAGUGAAAGGUGACGCGGAUGUCGAAGUACAGAGUUCGAACAUAUCGACGCCGCCAGACGACAAAAUGGCGGUCGAAAACAAAAUGACGGAAGACGCGUCGGACAAGUCCGCGCAGAGCAAUGGCGGAUUCCCGCAAAGCACAAGUACAACACCGAAGCCGCCAGCGCGCACUAGAAAAGAAGUAAAAAAAACUCAAAGCAAUGAAGAGACUGAACACACCGAUAAUGCCGACACACCCGAAACAACCGAACCGACAAAGCAACCCAAUCUAUGCCAGAGACUUAUGGGCAAGUGUAAGACUAAAUGCUGUCCCUGUUGUAUCAAGGGGGUGGAAGAAAAUGCAGAAGAGGAAGAGAUGACAGAUGAUGCGAAAGAAGACAAAGCUAAGAAGAUGAGUAUUAUGGAUAAAAUUAAUUGUUGUAAGAAAAAGAAGGAAGAAGAGGAAACGAUACGAAAUUUAGAAGAAGCUGCCGGAAAGGCAUCAAUAGAAUUCGAAAGUGAGACGAAACGCAAACCUAAACUCCGUGACGUGUUGUGUGGGUGCUGUGGACGUCGGCGACGCGUCAGCGACACGUCGAUGCCUCAGAAUAUGGAGGCGAUGUCGCCCGUCGUUCCGUUAACGCCGUCUGUUGUCGGCGACACGGGCUGUUGUGGACGAAGGAAAAGUCAGGUGGAAAGGAGAGACAGUAUAUUGAGUGAUCGGCCCCCUAAUAGUUGCUGUAACAUGCGGCUGUGCCGCUGGGUGCGCGGCGCGUGCCGGCGCCGCUCGGAGCACUCGUCGAGCCGCCGCACCAGCGAGUUCUCCAAGAACAAGAGUCUCUCGCCCACACUGCCGCCCGAGGACACGCGUAAGAAGCUGGACACGAGCCUCGUGGAGCACACAAGCGUGAUGCGCGGCGCUAUCCCGGUGCUGCCCAUCGCGCUGGCGUACUUCUGUCUAUUUUGCAACGUCAUCGUGCCGGGACUUGGCACGAUCUUCAGCGGGCUGUUUUGUCUGUGCUUCGGUAUACCCAGGUUCGGAGUCCACGACGGAGCUAAACAUAGGAUGGGUUCGUUCGUGAUUAACCUGCUGGUGGGUUGCGGGCAGCUGUUCACGGUGCUGUUCUGUCUGGUGGGGUGGGGCUGGUCCAUCUGGUGGGGUGUCAUCAUGGUCAAGACAGCUCGUAAAUACCGCAAGUUGAAGGCAGAAGCCGCGUUAGAAGAGGGAGAAGCGCAGCCCCCCGUCACCGCGAACAACCACACGAGAGCGUAGCACCGGACUACUGACCGAUACUAAUACUGGGCACGGACUUGCGGCCGAUUCUGAUAAACUAUCGCAACCGCUAACUACGCGUUAAUGGUAAGAAUAAACCAAUCUAAAUACAAGAUAUUCAACCAACUAUGGGGCCCUUCGAGUAUUACGUAACGCAAUUUGCGGGGGAGGGGAGUCUUGUACAACGUUACGAUGCGUUACAGGGACGGGAGGGAGGUCUCGGACAAAGCGUUAUG